AGUAAUGUUUUUUAAACAAUACAGUAUCUUCAUAUUUAAAAAAGAAUUCCAAAUUCGAGCUAUUUUCGGUUUAUCACUAAUGUCAUUAAAAACCUUUUCGAUUUUUUUCUCUUCUUUUGCAAAGUAUCAUCAAGUAAAAUUUUCUCCCUUUUUUAAUUUACCAUAGACAGCUUUAACUAAUUGGAUCGAUAAUAUAAAGUUUCUGAGUGUUAAUAACAUUCCGUAUUAAAAUUUUUUGAGAGUUGUAAGAAAUUGCUAGUAUUUUGCAUUCGAUUCUUCCAGAACUUUAUUAUUAUCUGGAACAUCGAUUGUAAGUUUUUCAACAUAGUGAAUUCACUUUUAGUUUUCUGGAGGUUUUUUCGGCGGAGGAGAAUUCUUUAACACGUUUUUCUACGCCUGCUACAUAAGACACAGCUUUCAUGAAUCAUCGGUGGAUGGGUAAUAUAUAUAUAUAUAUAUAUACGAGUGGUUUGGAAUGCCC